UUGACAAUGAUAAUAAUAUGACAGAUGUAAACAAAAAUUUGUCAGGGUAUAUCAAACAAAAGCUAGGGUUAAGGUUAGCCUCAGUGUUGGAAAAUAAAGUAUACAGUUUUUAUGGAGUUGUUUAGGACUGCUUUUGAGGAUUUACAGUUCACGCUUGUUCACAGCUCACAUCCUUGUAGCGCACUAUAAUUGAGUGAGAUGUAAAUAAUUAUCACUCCACUGUGAUCUCACAGCUUCACAGCUUCUAAUAAGACUCUAAAUAUGGUGCAUAUUUUUUUACAAAUGUAGUAUAAAGAAUUUACUUCUGUGAAAGACUACGGUUUGUGUUUAUAAUAUUGAAUAAUGUACAGUUUUUAGCAUGCAAACUCUAGUGCUGCAAAUGUUAUGCUAGUUCUUUAGCUUCCUGUGUUCCGAAAUACGCCCCUCAGGCGCUCACCUGUGCUCCGGCACAUGCACCUGUAGCAGAGGUGACGCCACCCUACCUGCUGUCUGCGGUCACCCGGAGGUCCCGCCCCCAUCGACCACGCCGAGCUCCCAUUGGACGGCGGGCUGAGUGAGCCGUGCCACUGUGGAGCACCUGGCAGUCAGUCAUCGGCGUGGCUGAAAAGUGGAGCUGCGUACAGUGAACUGACAACACAGCAAUGCGGACGAAGAAGGGCAAAAACGAGGGGAAUAGUCCGCUUUUCUGCUACAGCCCGGCGGGUCGGGGCUUCACUUUGUCAUAAGGCGUAAUUUAGCAGGGACUUCGUCUCCCGAAACCACGCAGAAAAAGGACAUUAUCCGGCUUGGAAGCUGCUCAGGGGCGGAUAUUUUCCCGACGAAUCCCCUCAACCACAUCCGUAUUCCCAGCUCCGGUCUUGUGGAAUAGCCUACUUAAAUAAUGGCUGUUUGAAUAUUUUUCUACUAUCUCUUUUUUCUCCAGCAACUCUACACAUUUUUUUACAGACUCGCUAUGGUGGACUCCCCUACCAUGAAGAAGACUUUUGUGGUCCCAGACAUAAAGCCAUUGGAUUUGUAUGACUGCACUAAAUCAAAAAUAUGCGCAAGUGUCGGGUGGCUGCUGGCGAAGUCUUACGGCAGUGCAGAAAAUGUUCCUGCAGAGCUGCGUGACCCCUUCUACUGUGACCAGUAUGAACAGGAGCAUCUCAAACCGCCGGUCACGCGCCUCCUCCAGUCCUCGGAGCUCUACUGUCGCACCUACAGCCUGUUGGUCGGGGCUACCAGAGACGAGGCACAGCCCAAAGACAAUGUCACCCUGCUGCAGCUCCUCAUCCAGAGAGGCGUAGUCGCCAAAGACCAGGACUCACCCGUGACCGAAGCAGACCUUCGGCAUAAACCCAUCAGAAUGAGUGCCCACCUGGCAGUGAUAGAUGCCCUGAUGGUCGUGGGAGCCAUGGAGACGGUGACUGCAGCGAGGACAUGUGGCUCUGCCGAGCUGCUGGGCGAAGCUUCCAACUGGGAGGAUGCUCUUCUUCAUUGGGUUAACGGGUUAAACCAGAAGCUGAGAGAACUCAAUGAUGGAGCCCAGAAUGACUCAUCUCAGGCCAUGACAGAGCCCCAACCUGUGCAACCCUCUUGUCCUACUCGCUGGUACUGGAAGCUUGUUCCUCUUCGCUACAGGAAGGAUAAAAUUCAGUCCAAACUAAAGCCCAUCUUUCCAGUAGUGAAUGAAGUUAAGGACCUGUCCAGUGGCUGUGCUGUUGCGGCUGUCAUACAUUACUAUUGCCCUGGGCUGCUGAGACUUGAAGAUGUUUGUAUGAAGGAUUCCAUGUCAGUAGCAGAUAGCCUAUACAACCUGCUGUUCAUCCGUGAAUUCUGUGACAGCUGUCUAAAGAGCUGCUGUCACUUGCAACUGGAGGACAUGCUGUACACACCACAGGAGCUUCAGCUCAACUUGCUAAGUUUCCUGUCAGAACUGCUCAGCUGGUUUGAAAUACAAAGGCCAGAAUUUGUUCAGCCAAUAGACACGCUAGAUGGAUCUGCACCAGUAACACCAACUACUUUGAGUGGUAACAGUACCUCCCCGUCUAUCUUCAAGAGGCCUUUCCUCCCCAUUUCCUCCACUGCGUCAGGAUCUUUGACUCAGUCUACCUCAAUGUCUCAUAUAGAAGGAGUUGGAAAGACAUGGACCAAGAAACCUCUCAGCCGGCCCUUGUCAGCAGUAUCCUUCAGCAUUCCUUUCGGUUUGGACAGUGAUGUGGACAUUGUGAUGGGCAACCCUGUGAUAACCCGCUCCAUGAGCUCAGAUCAACUUAAUCCAGCAGGCCAAAACCGGCUGCCCUACACCCCACCUGAAGACAUCAGCCAUUUGCUUAGCAAACCCCCUGGACCCAACGGUCCACAGCGAGCGUCCUGGGCCACCCAGACUCCCAAUAUUCCAAGGAUGACAGAGGAGAACGGCCUCGGACCAAGUGAAACAGGAGAGCUGCCUACUAUCGAAGAGGCUCUCCAAAUUAUCCACAACGAAAGCAAGAUGGAGCCUCGUUUACACCCUGAUGGUGCUCCUGACGGCUUCUACCUCCACUCUCCUGAUGACCCUGCUAGUUCUAGAUAUAACUUGGCACCCAUCAGCUGCUCGGCCCCAACACGCUCAGGAAUGAUGUACCGACCUAACGGAGAGUCUAGGGAGUCCCCUCGCAACAGAAAAACCUCUGAAUGUUCACGAGAUGAUGACUCGGUCUUGAGAGACGGCAGUGUGGACUCAGAUGCGUCCGAAGACCUGCCUAAGGCUCACUCCACUCCGGCCACCCCAGCUGCUGGCGCACACUCUACUCGAGGCCAAGAGGUGGCUGACAGUGGUGUUAAGAUGACCAGCUUUGCCGAACGUAAAAAGAAGCAAAUUAUGGAUUCUCCAAAAUCUGGCGAUCAGCCUCAGAUGACUUCAUGGGCACAAAAGUCUGAAGAAAGCCCCAGCAAGAGCCCACAACUGAAUAAUGAGGUGUCUGAGCUGGGGGUUCGCCUUGAAGAAAAACGCAAAGCUAUUGAAGCCCAGAAGAAACGCAUUGAGGCCAUUUUUGCAAAGCAUCGUCAAAGACUGGGGAAGAGUGCCUUUCUGCAGUUAAAGAAGGAACAGCAUGAGGGUGAUGGGAAGGGAGGGAAUGGCACGGUCAGUACCUCAUCGACAGAAGAAGACCUCAAUCACUUGACGCUAGAGGAAAGGCUAGCUCGAAUGGAGGAGGAAGAACAGGACGAGGAACGCCCCUCGGUGGAGGAUGGGGGUAGUUUUAAAGAAGGAUUCAACAAACAGGCCAGUCAGUCCAAAGAAAAAGCAGCUACACCAGGAGAGAAGAGCUCCGGCAUACCUGGUGAAAAAACGGCAGCUCCUUUAGGGGACUACAACAAUGCUGUGUCCAAGCUAACGGCAGCUCUCAGCUCGCUGCAAAGUGACAUGCAGCGGCUCACUGAGCAGCAGAAUCACCUAAUCAAAAAGAAAACCCCGACAUCCAGCAACAAAUCCUGGGUUAUUCCAGCCAGCCCUAAAGCCUCCACCCCAGCCCCUCCCCCUGUACGUUUGUCCCGAGAAUCCACCCGAGAUUUAAAUUCAGCCUCCUCCUCUCCGUCCCCAUCCCGCAAAAUCUCAAACUACGCCACUCCUCCAAAGUCUCCACAGGUCCAUCGAAGAGCCCAGUCUGCACCCCCCAAAAGCCCCAAGCAUAGUCGUCCCAUGGACAUUAAGGUCCCGACCCUGUCAAGGGUUCUCAACCCACCCCAAAAUGUUGACCGCAUCCCCCAUCUGCGACGCGUAAAUCCCCUUCAGUCACAAGUCCAGACUUCGUCCUCGUUUUCCAUCGGUGACACUGACGGCCUAGAUGAGAUGCGGUCAUAUGGACCAACACCAGUCCCCACGCCUACUCUGACCCCUGCAUCAACCCCUGUUCAGACUCCUACCCCCGCUCGCCAUUGUGCUGCAGAUGACUCCCUGUCAGAAAUGGGCUCCAUUGACGGACAAAGUAUAUUCAGCAUGGACCUCGAGGCGGGCCCCUCCCAUGAUCCUAUGGUUAAGAAGGAACGGGUUACAGGUGGGGCCUUCAGCUCUGGUGCCCCGUCAGAGUGCUCAUUUGAGAGUGAUGUCCCCGCAGGGAUGUUGAACGGCAAACGCGGUAGCCUGAUAGAAAUCUCGCUUUCUGCCUUGCAAGGAGAUGCGGACGAGGACGACCAAGUGCCUGAUGCUCUCUCUGAUUCGAUGAGUGAUCGGACAGAGCUGGAGGCGAAACCCGGACUUGGUUUCUUUUUCAAGGAUGACAAGGAUCGAACAGAGGAUGAGAUGGCCCAGAAAAAAGCAGCUUUGUUGGAAAAACAGCAGAAAAGAGCAGAGGAAAUGAAAAGACGCAAACUUGAGCAGGAAAAAGAAAAAGAAUCAAACAAGCCACAGUGGAUGAUCAUCGAAGGCUGGGGGAAUAAGAGCGAAGACAGACCUCAGACACCUGGCACCCCACCAGCAUCGUGCACCCCGCCAGUAGAGGGCACCCCGCAGCGCAGAGGAGAUUUCACGAGGCAGGAGUAUGAGAGGAGACACCAGCUGAAGAUCAUGGAAGACUUGGACAAGGUCCUGAGGCAGAAGCCCACCACGGUCCGUGGCGUCAAGAAGCAGAGACCCAAGACUGUGUUUAGAGACGACUCUGUCCUCUCCCACAGCCCCGUCAAGGGUUUCAUGGGCCCUAAGCUGAACAAGGUGUACUCCCACUCAACCAUGAACCUGUCCUCAAUGGCUAAUGACUCUGGAAACAUGCGAAAGUCUCCCAGCCGUUCGCACUCUCCCGCCCGCUCACGGGUAAUGUCGCCGGGACGAAUGAGCGCUCGUAGCGGCGAGAGGGACUGGGAGAAUGGCUCCACCAUUUCAUCCUCAGCCUCAAUCCCAGAAUACACAGGACCAAAGCUGUACAAGGAGCCUAGCUUUAAGUCCAACAAGUUCAUCAUCCAUAAUGCUAUCACUCGCUGUUGCCUGGCUGGCAAGGUCAAUGAACCACAGAAAAACAAGAUUGUGGAGGAAAUGGAGAAGAGCACGGCCAAUCACUUCCUCAUUCUCUUCAGAGAUUCCAGCUGCCAAUUCAGAGCAAUCUACACCAUGAACCCCGAAACUGAGGAGAUGGCACGGCUCACUGGGAUCGGCCCCCGCGUCAUCUCGCCGGAGAUGGUGGAGUCCAUCUACAAGUACAGCUCAGACCGCAAGCAGUUCACUGUCAUCCCGUCCAAAACCAUGUCCAUGAGCGUUGAUGCCUUCACCAUCCCUGGACACUUUUGGCAAAAGCGCCCGGGGACUCCCAAAAAGCUUGGCACCCCCAAAUAAAGACUUACCCAAGAUGGUUAGCAAUGUUACCAUUCAGGGAAUCAGCUCCCAACUUGACUUUUACUUUGCCCAACGUGGCACUUGUUCAUUACCUAGUUAGAAUAGCAGCUGAAAGCAUGACUGGUUAGGUUUUUGGCCAGCUGUAAACAUGGACUCUGAGAAGAAUUAUGUCGACUCCACAUGCCAAGAGAAUGAGCCAAUCACUCACCCAAUCAGCCAAUGUAUUUACAGUAGUUUAUGUCUUGAGCGGCUCUUUCUGGUCUACCUAGAUUGUAAAAUGUAAUUUGACUGAUUCUGUCAGGAUGAACAAUUCUCUUUCCCUCGCCUCCUCAUGCCUUGCCUUACCCUGCCAUGCCUGGGUCAUUUUUGCGACUCUUAGGUAAGAAAACGAGGGGACAACCACACUGCCUUUGCCUGUACAACAGUAUUUUUGGCACAAGUAGUUACCACCCCUCUCAGUUCCGCUUGCUUUUCUUUUUGCUGCCUUUUCUUCUUCCAGGGCUCUCUCUCUCUCUCUCUCUCUCCACUCUGCUGGGGCUAGUGGUUCAGCUCUCAGUCCUGAUAGGAGAUCUCAGCUGAAAAUUAAUUGCAGGUAACACUGCUCUCAUAUGAAUGUAGGGUACACACUCGCCACUCAUUCCAUUCAGGGGUGUUUUCACAGUCUGGUUAGGACCAGAAAAUACCAUAGUGGCUGGUCCCUCUGUGGGCUGCACUGGUGGUGGCUACUGUGGUUGUCAGCGGACCUCUACACCUAGUGUGAAGUUCCAAACCAUAGUUCGGGCCCUCCACUCCCCUUCACUCCUACUUUCCUUCAGCUGUAGACAUAUGGAUGUUUUUUUUUUUUUGUUUGUUUUUUUUAAAUACAAUUUUGACAUUUUUGCUGGACAAAUUGAGAAAUUCAGCCUUUGAGCGCUGAAAGAAGAAUGAAAUUCAUAUGACUUUUUUCCUCUUAACGUGCUUUCUCAUUUUCAACAUGUGAUGAAUUGAAAUGUUAUCUGAGCUUAUCUUGAAAACAAAUCCUGAAGAACAUGAAGGAGGGCUUUAUCAUGUUUAUCAUUACUCGGAUACAGCUCUGUGUGAAAACGAUAAUCAAUGCUGAUUUAAUAUAUAAUGAAUGCUGAUUAUUUUGAUUUUUUUUUUUUUUUGACAAUGAUUUGUAAAAAGAAAGUUGACCUUUGUAAGCUGCGAAUAAGCUAGCCUGCUGCUUAUGCAUUUGUGAUACGUAUGUUUGAGAUGAGAACGAGUGAAUGAGAAUGAUUAGAAAACGUCAAACAGCUGACAUUGCUGAAUUUGUCUGGGGAUUAAUAAAUCCUUUAGGUCACUAGGAGUCUGUUUCCUACUAUAUUAUUCCCUGUUUGUGUGUCCUGGCAUAUAAACAGUAGGUUUCUUGAAGGAUCAUUCUGGACUGUAACAGCCCUCAUCUACCCCACAGUCUCGAGAGACUCCUUCAUGUACAACUGGGAGAAUGUAAAAAUGCCAAACUGCUUCCUUUCCUUGCCGGUGUCCAUGCUGAGAAGAAAAACUGACACAACAGUUGCUCGUGAUGUGGUCACUACAAACUGUGGGAAAUUAGCCCCUUUUCUCUUCCUUUGCAGUCCUUAGCACUACAACAGCUGCCAGGGUGCAGCCGUAUUCUUUCAAAUCACUGACUGCCUCCAAGAAAUGUGUUGUUUGAAUGAGAUUACAAUACAGAUGUGCAGGAAAAAUAUUGAGCAGUGAUUAGGGGGAAGAAAAAAAAAAGAUUGAUUAGAGGUGUGUGGAGGAGUGCAUAUGAAAUUAGUGUAUGUUUGUACUUAUGUGUUUGUAAAGAGUAGUAUAUGGUAGUUAAGUUGAUUUUGUGCAAUUCUCCCCCUAGAAACCCCCGCAUCCUCCAGAGGUGUAUUUAUUUGCUUUGAAUUAAAUUUUGAUGUUUAGUUUCAGGUUCUACUUUUUUUUUUUUUCUUCUUCGGUUAAGGUUAUGAGUCUCAUAUUCAUUUCAUAGAUGUUGUCAUAACAUUUAUGUUUCCUUCUCUUUUCUGUUAUCGAAUCUGUGCCAGCACAUCGUUCUAUGUCCAUUUCAUAAACUGACUACCCUGGGUAACUGGACCAGAUGAAUAAAAUCCUUUUUAAAUCA